AUGUCCAUCUUUCGCUUCAUUCUCCUGAGAAUAGAAAGAAGUAGAGGCUGGAGAUGCUUUGCUACUGGAAUCCCUUCUGAUUCUAUAGCGGAGCUCAAUAGGGAAAUGGAAUCGAUAUUUGGCGAAUCUCCUUCAGCCAGCCCUUUGGGCUCAAAUCCUCCGCAGCAAGUAGUCCAUCCCACUCCUGCAGCCCGGGAGACACAACCGGGUCUUACCCAUGUUGAUUGCAGUGGCCAGGCAAAGAUGGUUGAUGUCUCACCCAAACAUGACAGUGAGAGAGUAGCUAUAGCCAGUUGCAGGGUCUUGCUAGGCCAGAAGGCAUUUAACUUGGUGGCGUCAAACCAGAUUGCCAAAGGCGAUGUACUUACUGUUGCAAAGAUAGCUGGAAUAACUGGUGCGAAGCAAACUAGUAACCUCAUACCCCUGUGCCACAACAUUAAUCUCUCCCAUGUUCGUGUUGAUCUCACUCUCAAUGAAGAGGACUCUAGUGUUGUCAUAGAAGGGGAAGCCACCACUUGCGGGAAGACAGGGGUUGAAAUGGAAGCAAUGGCUGCAGUGACCAUUGCCGGACUGACGGUUUAUGACAUGUGCAAAGCAGCUUCAAAGGACAUAUGUAUAACAGAUAUCUGUCUCCAGCACAAAUCGGGGGGAAAGAGUGGAAACUGGUCCAGGAAUUAG